AUGAGCCUCGCCGAGGCGCCGUCGCCGUCCCCGUCGUCGUCGAGCGGGAGCGACGACUUCGCGGCCCUCCUCGACUCCGAGCUCGAGCUCGCCUCCGGCGCUGACUCCGCCUUCCCUGGUGACCCCUCCUCCGCUUUCCCCGGCACCGACGACGAGGAUGAGGAUGAGGAUCCGGAGGAGCCAGAGGCUGAAGCCAUAGAACAAAACGGUACCAAAAGGCGUAGAGUGGAGGAACAGCGCCAAGAUCAAGGAACAUCAGUUAGGCAUGACAAAAUUCCCACUGGUGCAUCUAAAAAUGUUCAGGUCAAGGCAUGUCCACAUCCUGGAUAUUUUGGUGGACUUUGCUUUAGAUGUGGCAAGCCACAAGACGAGGAAAAUGUUUCAGGAGUUGCUUUUGGUUACAUCCACAAGGGCUUGAGGCUAGGUACCUCAGAAAUUGACAGACUACGUGGUGCUGAUUUGAAGAAUCUGUUGCGUGAAAGAAAAUUAGUACUCAUUUUGGACUUGGAUCACACACUGAUCAACUCGACCAAACUCCAAGAUAUUUCUUCUGCUGAAAAAGAUUUGGGUAUUCAGACUGCUGCUUCAAAAGAUGAUCCAAACAGAAGCAUCUUUUCACUGGAUUCAAUGCAGAUGCUCACAAAGUUGAGACCAUUUGUCCGAGAAUUUCUGAAAGAAGCAAGCAAUAUGUUUGAGAUGUAUAUAUACACCAUGGGUGACAAAGCUUAUGCAAUUGAAAUUGCGAAGCUUCUUGACCCUAGUAACAUCUAUUUUCCUUCGAAAGUGAUUUCGAACUCAGAUUGCACUCAGCGACACCAGAAAGGUCUUGAUGUGAUUCUUGGAGCUGAAAGUGUUGCAGUGAUUCUUGAUGACACUGAGUAUGUAUGGCAGAAGCAUAAAGAGAACCUCAUUCUGAUGGAGAGAUAUCAUUUCUUUGCUUCAAGCUGCCGCCAAUUUGGUUUUGGUUUUAGGUCCUUGUCAGAGUCAAUGCAAGAUGAAAGGGAGAGUGAUGGUGCUUUGGCUACUGUUUUAGAUGUCUUGAAGCGCAUACACGCGAGUUUCUUUGACAUGGCUGUUGAAACUGAUCUUUCUUCACGGGAUGUAAGACAGGUGAUCAAGGUGGUACGGAAGGAAAUACUACAAGGCUGCAAAAUAGUCUUCAGUCGGGUGUUCCCAAACAAUACUCGCCCACAGGAGCAGAUGUUCUGGAAGAUGGCCGAGUAUCUGGGUGCCAUUUGCUCCACAGAUGUGGAUUCCAGUGUCACCCAUGUUGUAACUUUGGAUCUGGGAACAGAGAAGGCCCGCUGGGGUGUUGACAACAAGAAGUUCUUGGUCCACCCACGCUGGAUUGAAGCAGCAAAUUUCCGGUGGCAUAGGCAGCCGGAGGAAGAUUUUCCUGUCACUGCCCCGAAGGAAAAGAGCAGAGAGAAAGAUAAUGCUGUGGCUGGCAAGAAGGAAACCAGCAAGGAUAAAGAGAAUUCUGCAGCUGGCCAGAAGGAAACGAUGAAGGACAACGAAGAAAAUGCUGCAGCUGGCCAGAAGGAAACGAUGAAGGACAAGGAAGAAAAUGCCGUGGCUGGCCAGAAGGAAACGAGGAACGAUGAAAGAAACGUAGCCGGUCAGGAGAAAGAUGCCAAAGAAAACGCUGUGGCCACAUCUGCUACAGGCAAAGAUGCCAAAGAAAACGCUGUGGCCAGAUCUGCUACAGGCCCUACUGACUCGUAA